AUGCCUACCGUUCCUGUCGAUAUGUUGCGAAUAUCAAACGUCGCCAAUACUCCCACGAUAGAUGGUGACGAGGUGCCCGCUGAACCCGAUGAACCUCCAGAUCACCGAGGCUCGCUCUCUAGGCCCUGCUUGGCUGGAAACCGCUCUUUGACCGUCCCUUCUCCAAUCUAUGCCAAGACCAAAACCAUCGGUGUGGGAGGACACAAGAAAGAAUCACUCCUUACCAGAGCCCUGCUUAGCAGUCCAGAGCUAUCUCCCGUCGAUCCAUUGGCUGCCAAUCUGCCAUCAAUCGGGGAUUUGACGGGGCUGACGACAUCUUCUGCCCUGUCAAACCGAAGUGUGCCCUCGACGGCUGAGCUGACCAGUGACAGCGAGACUACCAGCCCUUUCCGCUCCAAUACCCCCAGUCCGCCCCCGCAAUAUAACCGGUUGCCUCACAUUGGUAGCCAUAUCAGAAAACCGGUGGACACACGCGAAUUGCAAUUGGAAGCUAAUCUGGGUCGAAAACGUUGCAUAACUUUUGCCUGCGGCCGACGGCUUACCGAAGAUGACAAUAAAGUGUCCAGCGAACCUAUAAAAGAAGUCGCCAAAGCCGAGCCUUUCAAACGGAAGUCGGCUCUCACCUUCGUUUGCCCCGCGCGCCCCGCUGAUUCUGAUGGGAAUGACCAAAGGGAGUGUGUUUCCACCCGAAAAGUUGUGCCUGGUGCUCGAGUUAGCCGAUCUCCCGCACCUUCAUUAUUGCGCAAAGCCACUCAAGCCUCCGUCCAUCCUUUGCAGCAAGCAAAACUCCAAUCCCAGACAGCCCCUGAAAAGUCUCCGUCUAUAAUUCAAGUGAAAACGACAAGCCCGUUAGAGCUUUCAGAUGCCGUGCGUUAUCAUGAAUUUGGUAGCGAAUCAGAUGAUGAUGAUUGGAUAAACCAGACUACUGAGUACGGACAGAAGCUUACAAUGAAUGACUGCAUGCGCAAAGAGAUCGCUAUCAGAAAGCUUGGCGAGGAGGCGGAAGAAGAAGCCAGACAAGAUGAAGAGGAUGCCGAAAACGAUGAAGAGGAUGAGGAUGAUGCGGACGAAGAUGAAGAUGAUGACGAUGGUGAUGGUGAUGACGGCGACGACGGCUCUACCGUUCAGGAUGAUGAGUCCGAUGGGAAUGAGUCCGAUAAUGAAGCUGGCUUUGCGUCUUCUGAUGAUGAAAGCGACGAUUCCGGAGAACAUGGAUUUUGGACUCCAAAAGUCGCGUCCGGUGAAACAUCUGAACCACACGCUCUCAGGCGAACAGCUGGUAGACGUGACUCUACUACGUCUGUCGAGUCGUACACUCAGACUCUGACACCUGUUGCUGCCCGAAGCCGGAAGCCCAGCACCAAGCCACUCAAGUUCCCGAAGUUUCGACCAGGCACUCCGACUCUGCCCGAUAGCACGGAUUUUGUAUGUGGGACUUUGGAUGAAGAUCGGCCUAUGGAGGCUGCAUACAUAUCCUGCAUGGAAGAACGUCGCCGUUCAAAACACAUUCCCAUUCCUCAGGAUAUCGACCCUAGCUUUCCUACGUCUGACCUAGAGGAUGAAGAUGAUGAUGGCGACGACGAGGAGCAGGGAACCGGUAAUUCGGAGGCACGUUCCGUGACAAGUGUAGGAGCGCAAGCGAAGGCUUCAGGGUUGUUCAAAGGAUUUGAUGAUGAGCUUCUUCGUGGAAGGCCAAAGGGACCUGCUCGUCAUACUACGCCCAACCAUUCCCCAAAGCGCUUACAGUCUCCUCCACCUCGUCGUCUCUUCGCUCGCUCGCCCAAGCGUUUGAGAUCGCCACCUCCUUCUGGACGGCUGAGAUCCCCGCCGCCAACCCGCCGCACUUCGGUCACACAAGGAGCUCCCACCGGCGCCCAGCGCGUGCAUUUCACUGGCCUUGCCCAGCGACCGCAUCGCACACGUACCUCAUCAUUACCCCGGACCCCCAACCCGUUCUUUGCUCGGUUUUCUCAUCGCCAAACAUCUAGAAUGUCUUCUACGUCUCCGGUUCGUGCUCCACGUCGUCGCAACAAGCACACCCGCGGGCCGAUUGACAUUGUGGCCGGCCUAGAAAAGAAGCGGGAGAAGCGCAAAGAGAAAUUCUGGCGUCAACAUUGUCGCAAAGCGGCUAAAGAACAGCUUGAACGCAAAAGGCCUCUCUAUGGCAAAGGCGCGGAACGCAUGAGAGAGCUUGGACUUGAAGUUGCUGAGCGAUUCAAAGCUUACAACGUCGUCAAUGGCCCUCCGCUUGUGCUCUCCGUUUAA